UGUCUGGAAGACGUCAGAGGAGAAAUUUUUUGUUUAUCUUGUACUGACGUGAAAUAAGACCUAUUUCUUUAGCGUGACCGACAACUUCCGGUUUCUGAGAUGCGCGUUUUCAGAGGUGGCAUUGUCUUUUGUUAUGCUGACGUUACGGAUGAAAACUAUCUCCGUGUCGAAGUUUGUUUGAUACAUGUGACCAUAUCACCGUAAUGUAUGUUUUUUCAAUAUAGUUUAAUCAGAUUAUUAGAAUUUUUUCGGGAGUUUUGCCGUGUUCCGUUCUUUGAGUUUUUUAACUUUGGACAUGGACCGUGCCAGUCGACCAGUACCCAGGCUAAAUGAAGAGGGGAAGUUGCCAUUGUGAAUGGAUUGAACGACUCAUCAGGACUAAGGACACCUUGAUCAACAUUCUGAUGAAAGACCAGCAAUAGAGACUAUCACAAUGGCGAUAUUGACCAUCAUUCUGCUUGUCAGCACAGCUUUUGCUCUGGGAGAUGCUACGAUACGACCCAAGACCCCAUGUGAGCGUGCUAGAGAUGCUGCGACACAUGGCCCAAUUGGAGCCUACAUCCCAACGUGUGACGCCGCAGGACAAUACACCCCUAAGCAAUGUUGGGGCUCUGCAGGUUACUGUUGGUGUGUGACCAGUACCGGACAGAAGAUCCAGGGUACUGAGACUCCACCAGGCACUGCUCCAAUCAACUGCUAGCUACUGUUCCACCAAGGUGAAAGGCGUUGGAAUGAAGACGUUUAAAUGAUUGACAGUUGUCUUUACUGUACUACAGGAACUGAUUCACAUCCCAUAUAAACAGAUUAAAUGGUUGAAUUACUUA